GACAGCAGGCUCGUGCACUCAAGACAUUGGAAACGCACCCGCACAGCUUCAUGAUCCUCACGAGCGAGAGGAGCUGCAUGCGCUUUUUUAGUCGCGCGUCGUCCUCAGGUGUGUUGAUUAUUAUAAAUUAUCCUUCAGGUUUUUAAUUGGAAGAUUUGUUUCUUGGUGCCAUUUUUAAACUGAUUCAUCUUACAUUUUUCUUUUUUCAUCUGAUUGUUUCUCUUUUCUUUUUGGAUGACACUUCUUCCUUAUCUGUCAACACUCAGGGGACUUCUGCAAAAAACAAAGAAAAGAACAGAAAGAAAGGGUAAAGGUGUGUCUCUAUCUGUGGGCACAUUGACAUGACUACUGGUAACCAGCAGUGGUCGUUAGUGUGAUCAUAAGAAGCUCCAGGUGUGCUACAGUAGACCAAACCCACUUGCGUAAAGCUGAUUCUCACCUGUAAAGUGACGUCAGGCCUGAGGAGGCCUUUGUGCAGAGACCCUCCCUUUGCUAAGAAGAAAGAAGACACUACUUUUCCACUUUAAACCCGAGGACACACAAAACUGGUUUCCAGUGUACCACAUCGCGUCGGAACAUGUUUGUUGGAUGAGUUAUGGAUGUAACUGGCUGAAAGGGCACAGAGUUGCCGUUUCAUCCAUGAACCUACAGCUGCCUUCACUUUCUUCAACAAGAGAGUUCAUGGUCUACUGAGGUUGGACGCCAGCGUUUUCCAACAAUGCGACAUGUUCAGAAGAUGAAGAGUGUUUUGAAAUGUGUGCUUUGCAUUCCAAUCACGCUCUGUGUCUUGUACAUAAUAUCUCCAUCUGUGAGCAGACUUUUUAUAGGCCUCUUGCCGAUGGAGAAAUGCUCUUUGAAAAGUGCAAAGAUGCUGUCUCUGGACAACAGUGUGGACGCCACCCUCAACCUUCGGUCCAGAUCUGACGUGCAAACGUGUACAUCUUGGAAAGCUCCCAUCAUCUGGGAAGGGAUGUUUGACCCUGACCUUUACGACCAGGCGUACAAGAGGGAAGGGUCCUCUGUGGCUCUGACGGUGUUUGCUGUCGGCAGGUACCUGGAAGCUUACCUCGAGACCUUCCUGAACUCAUCAGAGCAUCACUUUAUGUUGGGUCUGCCUGUAACGUAUUAUGUAUUUACGGACCUGCCAGAGAAGGUACCGGACGUCAAGCUCGCCCCUCAGCGCAGUUUAAAGGUCAUCAGAGUGGAGAAGAGCUCCAGGUGGCAGGACAUCUCUAUGAUGCGAAUGAAGACCAUAUCGGAUGUCAUAGAGUUCGAUAUUCGCCACCACUGCACGCACGUCUUCUGCUUCGAUGUGGAUCAGGUGUUUACUGGGAGAUUUGGCUCGGAGACUCUGGGAGACUCUGUGGCUCUGCUCCACGCCCACUACUACCACCUCCCGCAGAGCCUGUUCACCUACGACCGUAACCCAAAGUCCAGGGCGUACAUGCAGACCGGGGAUUUCUACUACCACGCUGCCAUCUUCGGAGGCUCGUGGAAGAGCGUGAAAGCGUUGACUGAGGCAUGCUAUCAGACCAUCAUGGAGGAUAAACAGAAUAACGUGGAGGCUCUGUGGCACGACGAGAGCCACCUCAACAAGUACAUGUGGCUUCACAAGCCGAGCAAGGUGCUGUCUCCGGAGUACUGCUGGGACACCAGUAUCGGCUACAGGAGCGACAUACGAGUCAAACGACUGCUGUGGGCGCCGAAACAUUAUGAUACACUUCGCAAAGAGUAGCGUGCUGUAAAAUCACCUCCAGUAUUUAAUAAAUGGCAUGAAAACUACCUGAAAAGCAGUACACCCUCAGGUUCUCAUGCUCCCUGGCUCUUUUAUGUGCACAUCUGCCAGUGUGGAUUUUCCUAAAGGAGUGACAACAUCUUUCCCUGACCGCCUGCCCUGCCAGAGAAUUUUGUUAUCCAGGACUCUAGGUAAAUCUAUGCAAAUGCCGCCCUUGCUUCAUUGUCAAUGUUUUCGUGAAAAUAUGUGUGCUGAAAAGUAGCACUUGCAUAGUUACAUUUUAUGCAGCCACAUGAGAAUAUCAAAGUCUUUGUUGCAUUUCAUAACAUACUGUAUAUGUAUAUUCAUUUUGAAAUGUUUGACUGUCUGUUCUGGCUGAUGAAAGUUAUAUUUAUGUGUGUCAGUUUCCCAAUUCCUCCUUUUUUAGUGGAUAAUACUUAUUGACCCUGAAGUUGCAGUGACAUAAGUAAUUCAUUUCAACAGGUUGUUUCCUCUGAAUUAACAGUAAGCAACGUGCUGCUCUUCGUUAUCUGUAUCCACAGUGUUGAUGUUGAGUUCAAUGUCUUAAGAUGGAUAUGUAAUAUUCAGGAUGUCAGUGAGACACUAAAGCAGCGGUGGGUAGAAUUGGAGCAAAUAUGAUUUAA